UUCUUUUUUAUAUUUAUCUUAUUUAUUUCGAGAUUGUGUGUCUAUUUAUUGACAUAGAUAUCUCAUAUCUAUAAAAAGGACCCAGUAUAACAUCUCACCUUGCGCCGGUUGCUCUUUCAUGGCUGGUUUGUUGAGUUUGAGAGGUCAACUCUUCAUUUGUUUUGUACCCUGUUCAAUUCAUAUCUUUUGAUAUGAUUUAAGAUAAGUCAUUGAAUUCCAUAGUUUUUUUGUUUAUUUGGGUAAAAAAGAUGCCUGGAAUUGUCAUUGAUGAAAUUCAUGAGGAAGGGGUAGUGAAUGAAUUGAACGGAGAUUCUACACCUGUUAAGGAGAACUCAGUUUCGAAUAAGUCUCCAGAUAGUACUGCGACUCAGCAAAGCCCUCGUAGUGUUGGCUCUGAUGUCCCUGAUAUUCUGGUGGUUGACACCUCAAUCGAGCAGCUUUAUGAGAAUGUGUGUGACAUGCAGAGUUCUGAUCGGUCACCCUCUAGGCCCAGUUUUAUAUCUGAUGGGGAAGAGUCUAGAAUUGAUUCAGAGUUGCGCCAUCUUGUCGGAGGAGAGAUGAUAGAGGUUGAGAUAACGGAAGAUGAAGAUUUGGAAAAGCCUGAGGAUGAUUCUCGUAGUAAUUCAUCUUCGAAGAUAGGUAGUUCAUCUCAAGGUAAGCAGUUGCGGAAGUUGGACAAGCCUCCAAGUUCAAAGUCCGUUUCUUCAAAGAAAGUUGAAGCAUCAUCGAAUUUGAGUCCUAAGGACAUAAGUCAUUCAGAGAAACCCCCAAUUGAUAGGCGGAAUGAUAAGAAUCUUAAAAAACCAAAUGCAGGAGUUACCCCCACGAAAAACCGGAUGGGGAGGUUACAGAAUAGAACUGAAACUGAAUCAAGGUUAGAUAAUCCAGAUCUUGGACCUUUUUUGCUCAGACAAGCUAGGGAGUUGAUUUUUACAGGAGAGAAUCCCCAGAAUGCUCUUGAAUUAGCUCUACGGGCAGAAAAAUCAUUUGAAAUUUGUGCAAAGGGGAAGCCUAGCUUAGAAAGGGUCAUGUGUUUGCAUGUUACAGCUGCAAUAUACUGUAGCUUAGGCCAGUACAAUGACGCUAUUCCGGUUCUUGAACGCUCAGUUGAGAUACCAGUGAUUGAGGAAGGGCAAGACCAUGCCCUUGCAAAAUUUGCAGGUCAUAUGCAAUUGGGUGAUACUUAUGCAAUGCUGGGCCAGCUGGAGAAUUCAUUAAUGUGUUACACGACAGGUUUGGAAGUCCAGAAACAAGUUCUUGGGGAGACAGAUCCAAGAGUUGGUGAGACAUGUAGAUAUUUGGCUGAAGCUUAUGUUCAAGCACUGCAAUUUGAUGAUGCCAAGAGGCUUUGUCAGAUGGCUCUGGAUAUUCAUAAGGAGAAUGGUUCUCCUCCUUCUCUUGAAGAGGCAGCAGAUAGGAGGCUGAUGGGUCUUAUAUGUGAAACAAUGGGAGAUCAUGAAGCUGCUCUCGAGCAUCUUGUUUUAGCCAGCAUGGCCAUGGUUGCAAAUGGUCAGGAAGCAGAGGUGUCUUCUGUUGAUUGCAGCAUUGGAGACACAUAUUUGUCAUUGUCUCGGUAUGAUGAAGCUGUUUUUGCUUAUCAGAAAGCACUCACAGCUUUUAAGACAACCAAAGGAGAAAAUCAUCCGGCUGUCGGUUUGGUCUUUGUCCGUUUGGCUGAUAUGUAUAACAGGACUGGGCAAUUGAGGGAGUCAAAAUCGUACUGUGAAAGUGCCCUUCGAAUUUAUGAAAAGCCAAUACCUGGUGUUCCCCCAGAGGAGAUUGCAAGUGGUCUAACUGAUGUUUCUGCUAUCUAUGAAUCAAUGAAUGAGCUUGAGCAGGCAAUUAAGUUGCUAGACAAGGCAUUAAAGAUAUAUAAUGAUGCACCUGGUCAGCAAAGCACGAUUGCUGGAAUUGAAGCCCAGAUGGGUGUCAUGUACUACAUGUUAGGGAAUUAUUCUGACUCUUACAACUCCUUCAAGAGUGCCAUUUCAAAGCUCCGCGCAAGUGGUGAGAAAAAAUCUGCUUUCUUUGGCAUUGCUCUAAACCAAAUGGGGCUUGCCUGUGUGCAGCGUUUUUCUAUAAAUGAGGCUGUAGAAUUAUUUGAAGAAGCCAGGUUAAUUUUGGAACAAGAGUAUGGACAGUGUCACCCAGACACACUGGGGGUGUACAGCAAUCUUGCUGGAACUUAUGAUGCAGUUGGCAGGUUGGAGGAUGCAAUCAACAUCUUAGAAUUUGUAGUUCGGAUGAGGGAGGAAAAGCUUGGGACAGCAAAUCCUGAUGUGGAUGAUGAGAAGAGGAGGUUGGCUGAGUUAUUGCAAGAAGUGGGGAGAGUUCGAAGCAGAAAAGCUAGAUCUUUGGAGAAUCUCCUUGAUGCUCACUCUCAUAUAAAUACAGAUGGUAUUAAGGAAGAAAGACAAUGGCAGGGAGAGUGGUUCGAGGAAAGAAAAGAGACCCAAGAGAUGAUUGAUGUUGCAGCUGAACACAGCUGAUAUUGAAGUUAUUCCGAUGGAUUAUUUGAAAAGUCACGACUUUAAAGUGAUAAAGAGUACUUCCUCUCUGGUGGUUGUGAAUAUAAUAUGAGGCAAUUUAUAGCUUAUAUUA